UCGAGGUCGCUGUGACACCAAAUUGAGGUCAAAUGAUUCUUCUUUUUUUUUCUUGUUUCAUGCUUGCUGUGAAAUAUGUAGAACUGCUUUUGUGUCUCGUGCAAAUGUCACCUUGAUGACAUCUCAGUUACGGCCUUGACUUGAAUGUAUCACACUGUUAAAAUUAUAUUAAUUAUGCUGAAAACAAACUAUAGAUUCUCAGUUUUUCCCUGAGUGUUUGCUUUGAAGUUAGCCAAAACAUCAGAGCCUUGAAUGAGAAGUGGGAGCUUAGGCGUGCUCUGCCUGGAAUUACUCAAUAAUAUGUCUGCUGUUUGUGUUAUAAAGGCACUGAUUUCAGUAUGUUAUUGUUCACAAGCUCAAGGAUGUCUGGUGUAGGGUACAUAGAGUUCUUGAAGCACCCAGAGGAGAACCCAUAACCGAACGGGUGAAAAGGAAAACGAGGAGCAGUUUCUUGUCUUUCUGUCGCCUACCAUCCGCACCAUGCCGAGACCAUUCAGCUGUGGUGUCUGUCUCUGCUGGAUUUCUGUCCUUCUACGUGGAUCUGCAUUGUUUACUUCUAACGUUUCAACCCAGAUCCAGCUUCCAAAUGUUCAAGACGAGGAGGACACGGGCUCGGAUUCACCAUUCCUCCAGCUGAGAGCCAGUCUACCGUCCUACUCACAGCCGGUCCGCCCCUACACCCUGCUGACAAACGCCGAAGACUACCACUACAUGCCUAAACCCAGAAAUCGUCGCCCUUCUCGCCUCCUGCGUCUUAUGGGAUCCUCUUUUGACCUGUUUUGGAUGUCCAUAGAGCGACCGUCUGAAGCCUCUGGGGGUCACGGUGAUGGUCGACCUUUGGGUAAUCUGUCACUGCCUGCAACGUGGAAGAACUUUAACAUGAGUGCUUCUCCGGAGCUGAAAGACGCAGCGGCAAACCACAGCCAGAAGCUGAUAAAGGAAGCCGCAGAUCUGGACCUCGGCUCUCUGCCCUCACACGUCGCCGGUUCAGUCAGAGACUGGUUAGUGCGCUCUGCUACUUGCGGAUUAAGCUACCAAUGGGUGGAUCUGGGUCCUGCUUUCUGGCCACGUUGGCUGCGACAGACUGAUUGCGAAAGGUCAGACGGAGUGCGAAGUUGCUCCUUUCCUGGUGGGAUGGAGUGUGUGCGAGCUCAGAUGGCGCGCAUAAAGAUUCUGGCUUGGCACUGCUUGGAAAUCAGAGAGGGAAGUGAUGGGUCUGAUGGUGAGGUGGGGGCAGGUGAAGUCAUGAAAAGGUGCAUGUGGAGGCAAGUGCCUUAUCCUGUGGUCACAGCAUGCACGUGUUCAUGUAAAUGAAUGUUUUUCUCACUAAGAUUUUCAAUCCUCAUAUCCUCUUCUUCAGCUGGGUUUUUAUAUGCAUAUGGAUGUUAUUCUGUCAUUGAGUCGUUACUGAUGAAAUUAGAAUUGUGUUAACUGAUUUUCCAUACCUAAUCAUAGUUGCUUUUAAUCACUCAGUAAGACAUUGCAUGUACCUAACUGUCUUUAAACAGAAUUUAAUAAAAAUAUUUUUCUCCUGUUA